CGUUUAAUUUACACGAGUAACGUAGGAUGGAGAUACAUUCUUACUUGGCUUUCAUCUUCUUCUUGGUGGCUUGAGCUCCGUCGGGGGUCUGUCUGUAAUCUAUUUACUACGCUAAGGAGGCCGGAAGAGGAAAUUCUUGGCUCACUGAUUUGGAAUGAUUACACCUGGAUUGUAAGCUUCCCUGUUCUUUUUAUGUUUAGAAAAUUAUGAGAGGAUUUGUAGGAAAUCCAUCUCCUACUCUGAUUUUGUUGAAUGAGUUUCAUUACCAACAUGAUUCAUAUUACCCUUUUAGUUGGACUGAGAAACGUUUGCGUCCGUGUAUAAAUGUUAAUCCAGUGUCGAAAUCAUGUAUAAGAUGUACGAUUACGUAUAAGGGUAAUGCAGUUUCAAUGUUACUGAUGAGUACUCCACGGUUGAAUUUGAUGGUUCAGUCCACAAGGGGCAUGGAAUUUAGGACUUGUGUUGGGACCCUUUUGAAUUGUGGAGAGGAUGAGGCAAUUGAUUUGGUCAUUGAUGAAGAAGGGGUUGGAGAAUCCUCUCGUGAGUGGAAAUUGCCUCCUUGGGGAGACAUGGCACAUCAGGAUGAGCCGACCUUUCAAUCUGAAGAUGCAAACCAGUCCAAAAUCUUAGAAGGGGAGCCUUUGGAAAAUGACAGCAAGGUGCAUUUUCUUGAGGAAACUGAUAAAGUUAUGCUAUCAAAGCGUCUUUUAAUUCUCAGUAGAAAAAAUAAGGUUAGAAGUGCAUUGGAAUUAUUCAGGUCCUUGCAAUUAGCAGCUCUUCUGCCAAGUUUGCAUGCUUUAAAUUCACUUUUAGCUUGUCUUUUAAGGAAAGGGCUGUUUGAUGAUGGCUUAAGAAUCUUCGAGUUUAUGAAGUCAAAUGAGUUAUUAACAGGACACACUUAUAGCCUUGUACUCAAAGCAGUUGCAAAUGCUCAUGGAUUUCUUUCUGCUCUUGAGAUGUUUAAGGCAUGGGAGCAUAAAUAUGACUUGACACAGUUUGAUGCAGUUGUUUACAACACGAUGAUAUCGAUAUGUGGAAAAGAUAAUAAUUGGGUCGAAGCUGAGAGAACAUGGAGACUAAUGGAGGAAAAUGGGUGUAGUGCAACACAUAUAACUUAUACUCUAUUGGUGAGCACUUUCGUUCGAUGUAACCAGAAUGAACUUGCAAUUGACACUUAUGUAAAGAUGGUUCAAAAUUCUUUUAAACCAGGUAACGAUACGAUGCAAGCUAUUAUUGGCGCAUCUUCAAAGGAAGGGAAGUGGGACUUUGCUUUAAGAGUCUUUCAUGACAUGUUGAAAUGUGGACUUCAACCUAAUUCCGUUGCAUUCAAUGCCUUGAUCAAUGCUUUAGGAAACGCUAAGGAGGUCACUUUAGCAUUCAGCAUAUACAAUGUGAUGAAAUCUAUGGGUCAUUCACCUGAUGUUUAUACAUGGAAUGCACUACUUGGUGCUCUUUACAAGGCAAAUCGCUACAAUGAUGCCAUUCAUCUCUUUGAGUUUGUGAAAAGAGAGAAGGCCCAAUUGAAUAUACAUAUUUACAAUACCAUUCUAAUGUCUUGUUCAAAGCUUGGGUUAUGGGACAGGGCACUCCAAAUCUUAUGGGAAAUGGAAGCUUCCGGUCUCGCAAUUUCAGCAUCAUCGUAUAACAUUGUUAUUACUGCAUGUGAGAUGGCUAGGAAGCCUGAAAUUGCUUUACAAGUUUAUGAACGCAUGAUUCACCAGAAGCACACUCCUGAUACCUUCACUCAUUUGUCACUUAUCAGAUGCUGCAUUUGGGGAUCUUUAUGGGAUGAAGUGGAACUACUUCUAAAUAAGUCUGCACCCGAUGUAUCUGUAUACAAUGCGGUCAUCCAAGGAAUGUGCUUAAGAGGCAAGACUGAUUUAGCAAAAAAGCUUUACACGAAGAUGCGCGAAAAUGGUAUCCAACCGGAUGGAAAAACACGUGCUUUGAUGCUUCAGAACUUGCCAAAGGACCCUGCUAGACUGAAGAACAGGUGGGCUUCUGGUUUCAAGAAAAGACAUAGACACUAUCAUCAUAGGUAAAAUGAAUGUAAAAGUAAAGUAUAUAUUGUACAUGCUUAAUGUUAACUCAAAGCCAUUGUUGUUGUAUAGUGAGAAGAAUGACUGGUUAAUUGAAUCAGUUGACUUAUAAUUCCAUUUAGAACCUGUUUUCUCC